GUGAGGGAUUUUUGUUGUCGCGUCCGCGGCAAAAGGAACGUGCGUUGAUGUGCCGGCGUGCCAUGUGGCCCGUGCGGAUUUCUUCGGCCGGUGGUUUUCAAAUAUUGGCAAGUGUGUAGCUGGUGUAAAUGCACAACGCUAAAACUGCCCUAGUGCAGCUUAAAAGACGGGUAUUCGGCGAUGGAUCUCGAAAAAAUCCCUCACCGCUUCGUGGACAGCAUUAGCUUUAGCGUGUUCAGCACCGAAGAACUGCUGCGCCAAGGCGUGCUCGAAGUCACUUGCUCCGAAACUUUUGACAUCGUCGGACACCCGACCAAAGGUGGCCUCCACGAUGCCCUGCUCGGGCCUAGUGACCGUGAUGAAGUCUGUGCCACCUGUGGCCUUGGCUUCACGCACUGCCCAGGCCACAUUGGGUACAUCAGGCUACCCUUGCUCGUGUUCAAUCCCGUGUUCCUUAGGACUCUCUAUCAGUUGCUUCGGGGCAGUUGCUUCUCCUGCCACCGUUUACUUUCGCCUCCGGUUGCCUGCCAGGUGGCACUGGCGCAGCUGCAGGUGCUCCAGUAUGGGGCUGUUGGUGCGGUGCAAGAACUGCAGGACAUUGCCAACGAGACCCUGACUGACGACGACGACAAGGGUCGGCUGGUCCACCGCGGAGUUGUUAGGCCUGUGCUUCAGCGGCGCAUCGAGCAGAGUGUAGCGUCGGUCAUCGACAGUGUUGGCGAUGUGGAAGAGGCUCGUCGCGCAGCAGAUGUGAAGAAUGUCGUCGAGUGCAGGCAACGGAUUGUGAAGACGUUCAUCCGUGAACAUCUGAUGGGGGCACCACGUAAGUGCCCACAUUGCGGUGAGUUGCGCCGAGCCAUGACCAUCCAGAACAACAGCCGCUUUGUGUACACCAGCAAGAUCCGACCCGCGGUGAAGCCACCCACCUCGUCCAUGCCUUUUAGGUGUACGCACAAUGGCUUUGAGGACGAGGAUUACAUGUUAGUCGAAGAAGAGGAGGAGCGCCAGCGCCAAGCCCAGCAGCAGCAGGCUGAGGAAGAGGCGGCGGGCGGGGCGCUCUCCUACUUGACACCUGUCGAGGCUCGUGCUCACCUGCGAGAGCUGUGGACCAAGGAGCGGUCGCUGCUACAGAACCUGUUCGGCAUCCUGGCCCUCGCGUCCGGCUCGCAUGAGAGUCCCGUUGAUAUGUUCUUCCUCGAGGCGCUGGUUGUUCCUCCGACACGGUUUCGCCCGAUGAACUUCAUGAAUGGCCGCAAGUACGAGAAUGCGCAGACGGUAAGCCUGUCGCGGGUGCUGCAGUGUUGUGACACCCUGCGAGCAGUGCUCAAGCUGCUUGCGCGCAGGGGCUCGGACCAGUCUGAGCGGCCAGAAGACCAGAUGGAGACCGAGCGGCUUGAGCAACUGGUGAGCAAGACGAUGGGCAAGGACCUGGACGCGAAGAUGCACUUUGCCUGGAAUGCGCUACAAGUGGCAGUCAACGUUGUUGUGGACAGCGAGCUCGAUCGGCUCAACACCAACAAAGGCACACCGGGCAUCAAGCAGAUCCUGGAGAAGAAAGAGGGACUCUUUCGCAAGCACAUGAUGGGCAAGCGCGUCAAUUAUGCGGCCCGCUCGGUGAUCUCGCCUGAUCCCUACAUUGAUGUGGAGGAGAUUGGUGUGCCUAUGGUGUUUGCCACCAAGCUGUCAUACCCGGAGCCAGUGACUGAUCGCAACAUAGCUGAGCUGCGAAGAGCGGUCAUCAAUGGCCCGGACAUUUAUCCCGGGGCGCUGCUGGUGGAACGGGAGGAUGGCGUCGUGAUGCGACUGGACCCGACCAACCGUACGCGGCGGGAGGCAGUGGCCAAGCAGCUGCUGACUCCGACGGAGGCACACCAGCACAUGCUGCGCCGCUGCAAAACUGUGCAUCGGCACCUGCGAUCUGGUGACAUGCUGCUCCUGAACCGGCAGCCGACACUGCACAAGCCCAGCAUCAUGGCGCACAGGGCACGCGUGCUGCCCGGGGAGCGGACCCUACGGCUGCACUAUGCCAACUGCAAGUGCUACAAUGCCGACUUUGACGGAGAUGAGAUGAACGCGCACCUGCCACAAAGUCCCCUGGCGCAGGCCGAGGCCACUGAGGUGGCCAGUGUCAACCGGCAGUACCUGGUGCCCAAGGACGGCACGCCGCUCAGUGGCCUCAUCCAGGACCAUGUCAUUGGGGGCUCGCUCCUGACCAUGCAGGGGCGCUUCUUCACCAGAGAGGACUACAACCAGCUCGUCUUUGGAGCCCUGACUUUUGUCAAGAUGGCCAUCAAGCUCCUGCCACCGGCCGUCCAAAAGCCACAGGCACUAUGGACAGGCAAACAGGUGCUGUCAACCGUCCUGCUCAACUGCAUACCGCAUGGCAAGCCACCUCCUACGGUUGAAGGCAAGGCCAAAAUUCCAGCUAAGGCGUGGUCAAAGGGGGGUGAAGCUGAGGCAAACAUGACUGAGGGUGAUGUGGUCAUUCGGGACGGUGAACUUCUCUGUGGCAUCCUUGACAAGGCCCACUAUGGUCCAACCCAGUUUGGUCUGGUGCAUGUCUGCUACGAGCUUUAUGGAGGUGCGACGUCCAGCCUGGUACUGAGUGCCUUUGCAAGGCUCUUCACGCACUACCUGCAGACUUUCACUGGAUUCACGCUUGGGAUUGAAGACAUCCUGGUUACCGACAAGGCUGACAGGAAGCGCAAGCGUAUCAUGAAGAAGGCCAAGAUGCAAGGCGAUGCGGUGGCUGUCAAGGCCCUUGGCCUGGAGAAUGAAGAGGAGCUGGAUGCUGUCCAGCUGGAAGACCGGCUGAGGGCAGCGCACAUGGCACGCAAUGACCGACAGAUGAAGCAGCUCGACUCCAGCAUGAAGGGCGUCACCGACGAUGUCAACAACCAGAUCAACAAGGCCUGCAUUCCAGAUGGCCUGCUGAAAAAGUUUCCCAGCAACAACCUACAGCUUAUGGUGCAGUCUGGGGCCAAGGGUGGAAUGGUGAACUGCAUGCAGAUCUCGUGCUUGCUGGGCCAGAUUGAACUGGAAGGGCACCGUGUGCCACUUAUGCUCAGUGGUCGUACAUUGCCAUCCUUUCUGCAUUAUGACACAUCACCACGGGCGGGUGGCUUUGUGGACGGCCGCUUUCUGACGGGCAUCCGGCCGCAGGAGUAUUUCUUCCACUGCAUGGCUGGACGUGAGGGUCUGGUGGACACGGCUGUGAAGACCAGCCGCAGUGGCUACCUGCAACGUUGCCUCAUCAAGCACCUGGAGGGGCUCAUGGUCUGCUACGACCAGACUGUCAGGGACAGCGAUGGAAGUGUCAUUCAGUUCCAGUAUGGAGAGGAUGGCUUAGAUGUGCUCAAGAUGCAGAUGCUCAAGCCAAGCCAGUUCCCUGUGCUCAUCAAGAACAGCCAGGCAGUCAUUAACCGUGAGGACAUCGAGCAGUGCGCACGGGCCACCGACCACGACAAACUGCACAAGUUAAAGAGAGCGGUGCGCAAAUGGAGGAACAAAAUGGACAGAGAUGCUGACACUCGCACGUCUUGCAGACAGAGUGCAUUUACCCUCUUCUCGCAAACCCAAGGGUCGCUAGUGCGGGAAGAGCACUUCAGCCGAUUUCACAAUGGAACUUCCGAGACUGCUCGCCAGGCGAUCUUGGAGGCUUACUUCAACCUCGACGAAAGGACACGUCAUAAGCUCAACAAAUCCACUAUGAAGUGUGCCGACCCAGUGUGUUCCAAGCUGCGCAGUGACGUCCACCUCGGUGCCGUGUCUGAACGGCUGGAUACUCUAAUCGAAGACUACAUCGAGAAAAAUCCUCAUGGCCUCGUCUCGGCCGAGGAUUCGGGAGAAGGGCAAGCCAUGGAAAAAAAGACUGUGACUGCGGAUGACUUCCGGAAAAUGGUCUACAUACGAAACAUGAAAGCCAUCUGUGACCCGGGCGAGCCAGUAGGCCUGUUGGCUGCUCAGAGCAUUGGCGAGCCCUCGACACAGAUGACACUGAACACGUUUCACUUUGCGGGUCGAGGCGAGAUGAACGUGACUCUGGGGAUCCCGCGGAUGAGGGAGAUCCUCAUGGUAGCCAGUGCCAACAUUGCGACCCCAACCAUGGACCUACAUUUGCUACCACAGCCAGACAUUGAGCAGCGUGCUGAGGAGCUACGAGUCAAGAUCACAUCUGUCAACCUUUCACAGGUGCUCGAGGAAGUGUCUGUCAAGGAAAUGCUACACGUCAAGGGAAGGUCAGAGCGGUAUCGCCGGUAUCGCGUCCACUUUCAGUUUUUGCCUCGGCGAGCAUACCGCAAGAGGCUGCAGGCUACACCGGCACGCAUUCUGCGCUAUAUGGAGACCACUUUUCUCCGGAGGCUCAUUGAUUCCAUCAAGCGCAAAAUGGAGCAGGUCUCCUCAGAGAGGAUGACACGCACGACAAAAGCUCGAGAACGUCGUGGGGAAGAAGCUGCUUCAGCAGAGGAUGCCAGCAUGGCACCACCACGUCCGGAAGCUGACGAAGGAGGCGAGAGCUCGGAUGAGGGCGAAGGGGACGGUGACACGGUGGCCCACCAGGCUUCUGCACGCCAUGCCCAGGAGCGGGAAUACGAGGAAGCCGAGGAAGAGGAACGCAUCGCUGUUGAAUCUGACGAAGAGUUGCUUGACGGUGCUGAGAACGUGCCAGCUACUGAACGUGCUCUGUCGUCAGCUGAAGAGGGCGCCACAUCCGAUGACAUCCUCGUCUCACUCCAGGAGGUCGUUCGCGAUGAGAAGGCUGAGAAGCUGAAGCAAGCCAGGAUUUUUUCAGUUGUGAAGUACAACACUUGGGUUCUGGAGUAUGACUAUGACGACGCCAAGGAGGAGUGGUGUACGUUUACGUUCCAGCUUGAGCUGAAAGGGAGCAAAUUUGACUUCACCUCGCUGGUGGAAGAAGAGUCUGCAAAAGCAGUGUUCCAUUCCGUGCCUAGCAUUACACGGGCCUUCCUAGUCAAGGACACCAAGGACAAGUCGGGGUGUGGAAAGAUGCUCCAGACAGAAGGGGUCAACUUUGUGGAAAUGUUCCGGUACGGUGAAAUAAUCGAUCUGAAGCGCAUCUACAGCAAUGACAUUCAUGCCAUUGCCAACACUUUUGGCAUUGAAGCUGCAAGAACAGCGAUUGCUAGGGAGGUGGCCAACGUGUUUGCCGUGUAUGGCAUUGAGGUGGACCCAAGGCACCUGCUGCUUGUCGCCGACUACAUGACAUUUGACGGCAGCUACCGUGCCUGCAACCGCAUAGCCAUGGAGAGCAAUGCCUCGCCCCUGCAGCAGAUGACCUUCGAGACCACCAUGAACUUUCUCAAGUCAGCCACGCUUGCCGGUGCUGAAGACCACCUCAACUCCCCAUCCGCCCGGCUUGUGGUGGGCAGGGUGGUGCCCCUGGGCACGGGUUGCAUGCAGCUACGGCAGCCUCCGGUCCCCAGCUUCAAGUUGCGCUCACGCUAAACCCAUCGCCGCUCUGAUAGAGCCACCGGCCAUUGCAGGACCACUUAUUGUUAAAAUGGUUUUGCUGUCUUGGAUGCUCGUUUGUUCUAAUAUUAAACUAAUAUUUUGCCAGUU